CCACAAAGCCGUGGAUGAUUGGUUGAUUACUAUUCCCGCCCCCAGCUAGUCGCCAUUUUGCUGAGGGGAGCCGAAAUCCUAAAGGUAACAGAGUCAGUAGGUGUGCCUGUAUUGGUGCUGACUGAGGCGACCGUUACAGAAUUAAAUUACAAUGGGGAAUGUUUUUGAAAAGCUGUUUAAAAGUCUAUUUGGGAAAAAAGAGAUGCGGAUUCUUAUGGUGGGUUUGGAUGCAGCCGGAAAAACCACCAUCUUGUAUAAAUUGAAGUUGGGAGAGAUUGUGACUACCAUCCCUACAAUAGGUUUCAAUGUGGAGACGGUAGAAUAUAAAAAUAUCAGCUUCACAGUCUGGGAUGUUGGUGGCCAGGACAAAAUCAGACCUUUGUGGCGACAUUAUUUCCAGAACACUCAAGAGAAACCACUUGAUAACCCCAGUGACUUCCCUGGUCUGAUUUUUGUGGUUGACAGUAAUGACAGAGAGAGGGUCAAUGAGGCCCGGGAAGAACUAACCAGAAUGUUAGCGGAAGAUGAACUCAGAGAUGCAGUUUUAUUGGUGUUUGUAAAUAAACAGGACCUUCCCAAUGCUAUGAAUGCAGCAGAGAUAACGGACAAGCUCGGCUUACAUUCCCUCCGCCAGAGAAACUGGUACAUUCAGGCUACUUGUGCUACCAGUGGAGAUGGGCUUUAUGAAGGCCUGGACUGGCUCUCCAACCAGCUCAAAAACCAGAAGUGACCCGAAGCAGUCCAUCCCCUGUGCAUUGUGGCAAAGCCAGCUGGCCUCCUCUGGGUGCAUGUGCACUGUGAGGAGCCUUGGUGGCUGUGUGGCUGGGAGUGGGGGCAGCUUUCUCACACCGUGCCUUAUACACGCUAUAAGAAAAUCAGUAUUAUGUUUUAAGAAAACCAGUGUUACGUUUUAAACGCUACUUUCCAUUUCAAUAGCUUCGAUGACCAUUUUUGCAGUUGAUGGAGGAGUCCUGAGGGCUCCCUGGUGCACAAUAGACAGAGUGAUCUUGAGGGUGGAAAGGGGAGCUGGAGAGGAGUAGAGACAGGUCCAGUUACAGCCCUGGGUCUGGCAUCUCUGCAUUCCUGGAGUCCUGUUAGACUUGGGUGUCAUUUGUAAGAAGGAAGGAAGGAAAUGCCAUUUUUUCCCAUUACUGCCAAAAUUUGAGUGCUUUAAAGCAAAUGAUCCUCAAAAGAAAAGGUACUUACCAUAGUGUGAAGAGGCUCUGAUUGGAACGUUGCUCCUAAGUUCUACUUUGGCCCAGACUUUCUGAUUUUAACAUGCUUUAGUUAAAGAAAUCAGUGGUUUCUUUGAGUGCCAAGAUUCUGUAACUCUAGGAUAUUCUCCAGUCCUUUCCUUAGGCUAGUCCUCCCAUUACUUGCCAAAUGGAGACUGUUGGGGUUAGCCCGGUGUGAGGCCAAGGCUCUUUCCUGGAGCCUCACAGUCCCUGGUGGAGCAAGGACUCUGCAGGGGAGGGAGGGUGAGGUUGGUUUGUGUUCUGGUGUUACUGCCUCAGGUUGUAGGCCCUGAGGCUGCUGCUCCCACUUCUCUUCUGUGUGCUGAAUGUUCUACACAAAGCAGGGGGUUCACUCCUGUGUGGAGCUAUCCAUGCCUCACUGUCUUAGUCCACCUUUAGGAUGUUGGUUAGUUUCUAUUCCCAGAAUCUCACACCUGUGAGUUGUGAGAAAGUCAAAAGGUUAAUCUUGGGGAGGUAGUUCCCUCACUGCCGCCCCUGGUAUUGCCCCCAAGCUGGUGCUAAAUCUUUUUUAAAAAACAUCUCUUGUCUAGAUGGCUCUCCCUGCUCUGACUCCUGCUCUGGAUGGAGUAACAUCUUAGGAACUGUUAGGAGACAGCUUUAUGCUUUAUGUUGCCUCCAAAUAUCAAUAAGAAUGAGACAAGCUAGGUUCACUCAGUCUUGAGGUCUUUUGCCCAAAUAACUAACUGUUGGCCACAUUUGUAUCUGAGCACUUCGACCAUCUAAGGUUUUAAAAAUCCUUUUUCAAAAAAACCUUGAUUGACAUUAUAGAGAUGGGAGCGUAAAGUGAAUCUUAACAAGAGUAAACCUUUGAUAACAAUGAAGUUAUAAUAGGAAAAAAUUCCUGCCAUGGUAAAUGUGGGGCAUAAUGUUUUUCUUUAAAGAAUGAAUGCUCAUUGCAAUACUGGCAAAGCCAGAUUUGAUGUUUAACAGUAAUUCCUGAGAAAUAUUUAGAUUGUACGCCUGAAAUGGCAGGGACUGUAUCUCAUACUUUUGUAUUUAUGCUUAGUCCAGUGUACUGGGUAUGGUGCUAGGCCUCAUUGAAUACCUGUGGAUUGGUUGGACAAUAAAGAACUUGCUUUGGAAGGAGGA